GCAGUAUUUUUCUGUGUGUUUUAUGUUCACUGUACAAUGGAAGUGUUAGCAAAAAGGGGCAGUAAAAACAUUGUGAAAGUUGCUAUUACUAUUGGAGAAGAAAGUGUGCUUUAUGAACUCAAUCAACAAGAAUCACUUGAAAACAUUAUCAGUAGUGUAUGCAGAGAGAGAAAUAUACCUGGUAAUCCAAAACAGUAUUCUUUUCAGCUUGAAGAAAGUAAUCACAAGAAUGAAAUUCAAAGAAGAUAUAUUACAGAAGACAAUAGGUCAAAGAUACAAAAUGGACACAUUUUAAAACUUGUUCUUUCUCCGGAGGAAAUGGUGAAAAUUAUUAUAAGUAAAAUUGGUUAUGAUUCAGAUCCAGAUGAUGAAACCAGAUCAUGGCACUUUGAAAAGCUAGCUUCAUUUUCUUCAGACCCAACAUUUUCUAAAGCAUUUUUGAAAGCAGAUGGUCUUAGUGUAUUGACCAGUUUGUUACUUAAUAAUGCACUUGAAGAGGUGUAUUUAUGCAACUGUCUUCAUUGUCUUUAUUGUGUGCUUAAGUUCCAGUUAAUAACUACUUUAGAUAUUAAGAUUAUUGAGAAGAUGUGUAAGAUUAUUGUAGAAAGUCAGUAUAAAUCAUCAGUAAUUGCAGAUGCUUUACUCAUUGUAGAAAAAAUAGUGAGACUGGAAGCCUUUAAAAACAAAAGAGAAAUGAUUUACAAAUCCUUAAAUGUUGAUCAUUUGAUUCGACAUAUUCAGAAUAAUAACAGUGAUGAAGUGCAAGAGAAUGCUGUAGGUUUACUUAAUGCUUUGGCAGAGAAUUCAAAAGAUGCCAGAAUAACUGAAAUAAUGGCUGCUGAAUACAGACACAUUAUUUAUGCAAGUGUAUUAAAGCUGGGGAGGAAUGUAAGCAUUUCAUUAGGUAAGAAACUUUAUACUUAUCAGAAAUUAAUACUAAACCUACUAGUACAUGAACUACAUUCAACUGUAGAUCAGAAUGGUGCUGAUUCUAGUGCAAUACAGGAAAUACAGGCAAUUUCAGAGAGAACUUUUGAAAAAGAAAACAGUAUUAUGGGGAAUGACUACAAACUUAAAAAGAAAAGAAUGAAAAAGAAACAAAAUCUUGAGAAAUUGCUUCAAAUACCAAACAAUAUGAGCCAUCUGACUCUAAGCUGCAUGGUGUUUUUUUCACAGAGAUAUCCUGAAAGUUUUUCACAAGUCAUGUUAACAGAAAAUAAAGUUGGAAAUUCAUUUUAUGUUACUUGUGAUUAUGUCCUACGAUUACUAUGCAAGAUAGUUGGCAUUGGUGGCCAAGCAAUGAUGGAGAGAAAGUAUCAGCCACUAGUCUUUUCUGUUCCCAUGGAAUCUCCAUUUUUAAAUGAACUCUUCUGUAGGGCUCUAUUACGUUUAACAAAAACAAGAAGAGAAAUGAGGGCUAAGACCAUUGAUGAUCAUAAAAAGGUUCUGCUAGUGCUGGAGCGACAAAUAAUAGAAGGCCUCAAGACUCAGCCAAGGGAGUGGCAAAAGUUGGAUCGUCAGCUGCAGGAAUGGAGCUAUGAGCGUGUGACACAAGUCUGGAAUGAUGAACGUGAGCAGCAGUUACAGUGGAACCUCCGAAAUCUGCCUCCAGUUGUCAGCCUACGUGAAACACGAACAAAUGAGUUGUUAGAUGUUAUUGCUCAGCAGAGGCUUGGAGUAAUGUCUGACGGUGAAUUUUUUCCUAAACUUGGCGUUCGGCAGCAGAAAGGCAAACAAAAACUGUGGUUUGCAUAUCUAUCACCUAAUCACAAAGUUAUUCACUAUGGGGACUGCAUAGAUGAGAAUCGUCCAGAGUGUCCAUGUAAAAUAUCAGUGUCAGAUAUCAGAGAUUUAGUUACGGGACUGAAAUGUCCCCAUAUAAAAAACGCAAAGCCUAAUCAAAGAUUAGAAGCAAGCUUUGCUUUUUCUAUCAUGUAUGAAGAAGAUGACCAGCCUAAAUCACUGGAUUUCAUAGCACCGUCAUGUGAAGUGUAUGAUCACUGGACAGAUGGCAUCAGUGUUCUUCUAGGUCGUUCAAUGAAAAGCAAAAAACUGAAAAGUGACCUGGAUACACUGCUGGACAUGGAUAUAAGACUGCAGUUAAUGGACUUGGAGGGAAUUCAUAUCCCACAUUCACCACCACCCAUACCAGAUGAUCCUCCAGAUUUUGACUUCAGUGAUCCAUUUGUAUCAGAGGCAAUAAAGUGAAUACAUAUACUUUGAUGAGCACUUCCUUUGCAGUCUGACAGAAUUGAAACAAAACUUGCAGAAAGUAAACAAUUUUUAAACUUUUUGUAAGGAGAAUAAAAGCAUUGAAACAUGA